AUGGCUGCUCUGAGUGUGAACCUUCGACCGGUGUUCGAUAGUGAAGGCGCGGCGCAAGUCAUUGAUAUCACCAUGUUCUUCACUACAUACGCAAAAACCAAAGGCGACAUCCUUUUUAAUUACACACUGAAGCGCGCAAAUGUGCCCACUACACAGUUUACAGCCCAGUCUGUGCGACUGACAGACAGUCAUAAAUCAGUUAUUAGGCUGUAUACUGUCGACACCGAACGCAGCACACAUCGUGAAUUCCGUGUUGAGGAAGACAUAUCUACUGGUGAGAGAUUAACUGUACAGUAUCAAGCAACUCCACGGCAAGUAAAUGCCUAUACAAGCUGUGGUCCCCCAGUUGCCAUGGAGAAAGACAAUGGGGGCCUCAGCGGUGCUGGGUUAGCGCUUCUGCUGAUUCCAUCGGCAGGCGAUGGAAAUAGCGAUGUUGUGCAUGAUAUUCUACAAGAGUUGCGUGCACAUUUGGGGAAGGGCAGCGGGUUGCUGUGCAUGAAAGACUAUCUAUUCUUUCCGAGUGUUUUUUUGCUGGUGGCCCGCUAUCCUGCUGCUGCUGUUGAUUCGCCAUUCAGGAUAUACUGGCUCUCAGAACCUCCAUUCAAUGCCUAUACUUUGGGCAAACAACUGCAGAAGCUGGUUCCGCGAAUGGCAAUGUUCUUUGGAGAUGAUGAGAAGCUAUUCCAAGUCUUUAUUCGACGCAAUGAGUACAAGUGCGCUUCCGGCCUGGUCUGUACCAGGGAUGAAGAUAUAGUGCAGGAUUUUCUCAUGCAUGAAAUCGUUCACAAUUGGCCGCGUCUUGGAUUUACGACUGGCGGACCUGAGGAUCUUAUAGAUGGAUGGUUCAAUGAAGGCAUUGCAGAGUACUACUCUUUGAUCCUGCCUUAUAUAUUCAGCAUCUUGACAGAAGAUCAGUUUAUACAACGGUUUAACUGGCGUAUUUCAGGCUAUUACACAAACCCUGAUCGUGCAGUGCAUAAUAAAGAUGUGCAAGAUCGAUUCUGGCUUCCUGGACGCGUGCAUCGGAUUCCAUAUCAGCGCGGGUUUAUGUACUUUGUACAACUUGCCUAUAAACUACACAACUUGGGUAAAAGACCGCUUGAUGACUUGAUUAGAAAAAUGAUAAAAUUACGCGCAGCGAACCAGCCUCAUGGGAUUCAUGUAUGGUUGUCGCUUAUAGAAAUAGAGCUGGGAUCUAUGGCACUAGAGGAUUAUAAGGAUAUGUCCAACGGAAAACAAAUGAUACUCUCACCGGACGUUGCUGGAGUUUGGAUUUCAAACAGCAAAUGGAAGCUUGAGCCAGUGGCGCAAGAGGAAUUCUAUCUUGGGUUUCCAGAGGAAAAUCUCUCCAGUGAAUCUCGGGUAAUUAAUGGUUUAGACCUCCAGUCAAGGGCGGCAGAAGCUGGCUUACAAGAUGGUGAUGAAAUUACUUUGGAAUAUGGAUUCCUUGUUGAUGCAGAUGUUUCGCCAAAGUUGUUCACCAUGAAUGUGAGGCGAAGUAAUCAAGAGACACUACGUAAAAUCACUUGGUGGCCUCGGAGCUGGCAUACGGUACAGAGUUAUCAGUUCGCUUAA